UUACAAUUGAUGUCAUUACUUUCAUUUAACAAUGUAAAUAAAUAUGUUGUGUUAAUUGUUAAUUAUUUUAAUUAUUUGUUCAAAAAUAUUAACAAUUAAAAAAAAGAAAAUUGGACUUUCUAUAAAUCUUUGUUGCUCACUAAAUUAAAGUACGCAUAAUUAUAAAUGAAACAAUGGAAGAUAUAGAUCUCUAUAAUUUACUGCGAAAUGCAAUCACAUAUGAUGAUAUUAUCGUUGUUGAACAUGUACUAGGUAUUAUUGAUGUCAACAUAAUAAAUAAAUCACUGGAAAGUUUAUUUGAUCUGGCAAUCGACCACAAACGUUAUGAAAUUAUAAAAAUAUUAGUGAUCAAUGUGAGUGAGGACAACUUUACUCCAGAAAUAUGGGUGAAAUUACUCCCUCAUUUACUGCUAAUUCAAAUAGGAGCUCAUCGCGCAGAAGUAAUCUUGACCACGUGUCUUAAUCUUAUGAUCGAUGAUCAAAUAAUUAAUCAAUGUAUUUUGUAUCUUGCUGUCAAAUACCAACUUUACAAUAUCGUUGAAAUAAUUUUGCAAUGUAAAGUUGAUGUCAAUUUGGUUUACCAUAAAAAAUCAGAAUCUAAAACCCCAUUAUUGAUAGCAUGCCAAAACAAUGAUCUCCAAAUGGUAAGACUGCUUCUGGGCCACGGAGCUGAUCCAAAUGUUGGCGUGUUUUCAAAUUCUAAUUUUUUGUACAACGGCUACCCAAUUCACACAGCAAUCAAGACUGGAAAUCUUGAGCUUAUAGAAGAAUUGAUAAAUCAUGGUGUUGAUUUAAACCACAAGUACAAAUACGGCCGCUGUUAUUAUUCGAUUCUCCGUUUCGCCUGUGGAGCGGCGAAUAAUUUAAAAAUAAUAAAACUGCUCGUAGAACGGGGUGCUGAUGUCAAUUCAAAAGAUAAUUUUGGUCUGCAACCAAUUUGUCAUGUUCUUCACCCGAACUCCCGCGAAAUUUUCAAAUAUUUUAUUGAAUGUCAAAAUUUAAAGCUCGGUUUCAAAAGUGUUGAGUCAAUACUGAAUGUUGGUGUUCAAUUGAAUUAUCAGGAUAAUGUUUAUUGUUUAUUUAAGCUGAUAAAUAAUUUAAAUCCACAUGAUUAUUUAAGGUAUCAGAUAGAUGGUCAUUUAAUAAAUAAUAAUAAUUCAAAGAGGCCGGUGCUCCAUUUGGCUGCUCGGUAUAAUAACGCAGCCUGCAUUGACAUACUUGUCAGAAAUGAUGCUGAUGUCAAUUUAAAAAAUAAGUACGGAAGGACGCCGCUCCAUGUAGCAUUCCGUCAUAAAAAUUAUGAUUUUAUUAACAAUAUUUUGAAAUAUGGCGCCAAUAUUAAUGUCCUGUGUAAUAAAGGGCACCUGCCACUGGAAUAUAUUAUCAGUAGAAAACUUCAUGAGACUAGUUAUGGUAUAGAUGAUGAAGACCGAGUCAAAGAUGAUGAAGAUCAAGUCAAAGAUGGUGACGAAGACCAAGUGGAUGAUGCUGACGAGGAGAAUCAGAUGGAAGUUGAUGACAAUAAUGAGGAACAGUUUGAUAAUGAGCUGGACAAUGAAGUUGAGGGUUUUCUUCAAUAUAUUGUAAAGAUGAAGGCUCUUAAUUUGUAUGUAAGUGAUAAAAAUUAUAAAUAUGCGAUCUGCAAGUCCAAGAAUCCAUUUGAACAUCGAGAUGUCUAUCUUAGAGAAAUUGAAGCCAUGAAAAAUGAUGUUAUCAGUAACGGCAUUACGUACUAUGACAUUGUGAAGGCUGAUGUGUACAGACUUGUUAAUUAUUUGAAUAAUCGUAACAUUUUUGAUACUCUCAAAGACACGAGUAAUUAUGAUAAUAAAUUUCCCCAGUACGCUGAUAUUAUCAGUGGAAUUUUCCAAGCAGGAUUUGCUAAGAAAAAACUGCUAGAUGCAGUCUACGCGUGUCCUAUUUUCGAUUAUUUGUUCCAAGUGCUGCCGUACACUUUUAUGAGGGAAAUGAUUGAACAUUUUGACAAUCUUGAAUUAAGAGAUGUCAUAAACAAGCAUAAAUAUUUUCAAUAAAAAUUUUCUGUUGUUAUUUUUUUAAAUUGUAAAAUAUUUAUAUAAUUUUUAAUAAAGUGACUUCUUUAG